UGAAGCUAACCGCCUCAUCUUGCGCUAUUGAGAAGCUAGCUUUCUAGUUAGCAAACUUCAUCGUUUUGCAGGUUUAGUGUCGUCCUGAAAACGGUAAAGAAGCGAUACACAAAGACAUUCAGAGUUAGCUAAAGAAGAAAGAAAAGGCUGUACAGAAGAGCAGGUCAAUGCCGCACAAUUUCCAACCUGGAGACCUGGUCUUCGCCAAAAUGAAGGGGUACCCCCACUGGCCAGCCAGGAUUGAGGAUGUGGCAGACGGAGCAGUGAAACCCCCUCCAAAUAAAAUCCCCAUCUUCUUCUUUGGGACCCAUGAAACCGCAUUCCUUGCACCAAAGGACCUUUUUGCAUAUGAGAAGUACAGUGAGCGCUAUGGGAAGCCUAAUAAAAGGAAGGGCUUCAAUGAGGGCUUGUGUGAAAUCCAGAACAACCCUCACGCCUCAUACAGUGCUCCUGCACCUGCCAGCUCGUCUGACAGUGAAGCCAAUGACGGUGCAGCAGGAAGUGAGGCAGGAAGCGAGGAAGCAGUGGUGCCCAGGAAAGCAUAUUCAGGAAGUGAAGUAGAUUCUGACUCUGGAAGUGAGGAUCGAGGAGGAGGAGGAGGGGUGAAGAGGAAGGCCCCUGCUGCCAAGCGGCCCCCUGUGAAGAAGGCCCGGGGUUCGUCCAGUGACAGGGAUGGAGAGGAGAGUGGCUCACCCUCUGAGCCAGACCCAUCCCCUUCUGACUCGGACUCUGGAAAGAACAGUGACCAGGACUUCACCCCAGAGAAGAAAGCAGCAGCAGGACGUGGCGGCGUUGGGAAGAAGGUUGGAGGUGGCAAAGGGAAGAAGAAGGUGUCGUCAGACUCAGACUCUGACUCUGGGUCUCAGUCGGACAAGAAGAAAGGGGGCAGUGAUUCAGAGGAUGAGAAGCCACGGCCUGCUCUGUCUGGAUCAGAAUCCCAGUCUGGCUCCAAAUCCGACUCUGACUCAGAGCCACAGCCACCUCCACGGAAGGCCCCUCAAGCGCGCAAGAAAGAGAAGCCUCCACCAAAGCCUCGGGGUGGACGGAAACCCAAAGCUGCCCCGGUCAGAGCACCGGCGUCUUCCUCUGACAGUGACAGCGACAGUGAGCCGGACCGUGUCAGCGACUGGAAAAAGAGAGAUGAGGAGCGUCGGAAAGAGCUGGAGGAACGCCGGAAGAAGGAGCAGGCAGAGGAGAUCCUCAAGUAUCGGGAGAGGGAGAAGGAAGAAGAUGAGCAGAGAAAGAAGGACAAGGAGAAGGGAAAGAGCAGUGGUGAAAGCAGCUCAGAUGAGGGCGUAGAUGAUCACCCACUGAAGAAGUCCAAGAAACCCCCACCGCCCCCCAUCCCUGCCCCCUCUGACUCUGACUCUGGACCUGAGGUGAAAGCAUCUGCAAAGCGUUCAGACAACCAGAAGAAAGGGAGAACAAAGAAAGAGAGGGAUCAUGGUAAAGGCAAAAAGGAGAAAGAAGUGAAGGAAAAGCGAGCCCAGCGGUCAGAGGAGAGGCCCAGAGUGAGAUCCAAGCCUGACAAGCCCAAACGCAAACCAGAGAGACCUCCCGAGAGGAAAGUAGAAAAGAAAAAAGAGCCAACCCCAGACGAAAAGCUGCAGAAGCUCCACACUGACAUCAAGUUUGCACUGAAAGUGGACAACCCAGACAUAGAGCGCUGUUUACAGGCCCUGGCGGAGCUCGAGGCUGUGCCGGUCACCAGCCACAUCCUGCAGAAGAACUCUGAUGUUAUUGCCACGCUUAAAAAGAUCCGUCGAUACAAAGCAAGCAGUGCCGUUAUGGAAAAGGCCAGCCAGGUCUACAACAAAUUAAAGGGGCAGUUUGUGGUCAAGUCUGAAAUGCCAAGUAAACCCAAAGCUGAGGGAAAGGAGCAGGAAGAGAAUGGGAAGGAGACACAAAACAAAGAUGUAACGCCUGUGAAUGGGGAAUCAGAAGUCCAGAAAAAGGAAUGCACUGAGCUGGAGGAUACCCCAAAGUCACCGGUCCAGGAAGAGCAUGAUGAGCAUGUGGCUUCAAGCCCCAACAGGCCCAGUCCUGAUAGUCCUUCUGAGCAGCAGACGCACACUGAUGAAACACACCACGCUCUCUCUGCAGAGACAGAACUGACAGCGAUAGAGAGCUGAAGAAAAUGGAAUACAAUUGUUUACCACAGCUAAAAGGAAAGCUCACUAGUCUUGUCCCAGAUACAUGGCGCUGUGCUGACCCCUUUGUUGUUCGCCAUUGUAUUUUGCCUUUUAUAGGACACCUUGGCCAGUCCCCAAUUCCUCCCCCUCAAGCUACCUUGCUUUAUUUUUCUCCCACAUGAACUCUAACUUUGGUCUUUCAUAUUGUAUUUAUAUUGAGAGAUUCAAUUUUUAGCACUUCUAACAGGAAAUCGAAGGGGGAGAGUCUUGUCAUGAAUGUUCUGCUUUGAAAUAACUGUACUGUCACGUGAGUCAAGGCAUCUGUUGGCUUUGCUUUGAGAUUGAUAUUGGAGCCUAUAGAAAACCUAGAAAAGGCUAAUGUCUGUUGGACAAGUAUGAGUCUGGUACUUUUUGUGAGUUAGUUUUUUUUAUCUGGUAAUUUCCUAUUAAUCCAGUCACACCAUAUAAAUAUUAAGCCAUUGAACGGAACCACAUCACGUUUUCCAACUAAAUUCCACUAACCUUUUAUUUUUUUGUAUAAGUAUGUUUUCUGAUAUUGCAUCUGCUUUUGACUUACUGAAUGCUGUGGAAUUAUUCGCCCUGUCAUCUGGUCUUUCCCUCAAUACCAUCUGCUUUCAAUAAUUUGCAUAUUGAACAGGAUAAUAUACAUUGUGUACAGACUGAAUGAUAUGAUCUUGAUCCAAGUUGUCCAGAUCCCAUGUAGCUGGAGCCCAUUUGACAUUUGCUUGUCAUACAUACUAUGUAAGUGUUUUUAGUGCUAUGUAAAAUAAUUUGUAUCAUUUAGUUGAGUUAAAUCAAAAUCUCAACAUUGUGGUCCUAAUCUGAACACUUCUGUUAUUGAAGGCUCAUUGUCAUCACAUGGUACUUCAAGGAAGUCCUAUAUUCCCAUAAAAGUGUAGUUGGAUUGGGGUGUGACUGGUGUAAUAAAUGUAUACAUACAUUA